AUGCCCUCUCACCUAUCUCGUGUCAUUAACCUGUAAUAUUCGCCGGUUACGAAUUCUAAGAAUCUAAGGGUGUCGAAGUAUUUGAUUCUAAUCUAGUGUGAAUGAUCUCUUUUUUUCACUUUGACAUUUAUUAACAUCCGUUUCAUCGUGUCGUAAUAAGUUUCCGUGCAAUCGCAGUAUAUGCUAAUUGUUUGGCAGCAUACGAUGUUAAAAUACAUAAUCAUCUUAUGCGUCGCGCUGGUGUUCUUUGAGGAUCGUAUACUUUCAUUAGCUGAUAAUAUUUGUGGUGUAGAGCGUAACUGUAGUCAACAUAAUGAAUGUAAAACAACAGCAACGUAUUGUUGUAACAAGCAAGGACAGGAUUAUAGAAACGGUUAUUGUUGUUCGUCUUGUAUUGGACAGAGCUGUCUGAUUGAUGAAGAUUGUGGACGUAACGAGUGUUGCCAUGAUAGAAAGUGUGUGAGAUGCUCCAGCCUUCGUUGUUCUUCAAACUUAGUCUGUGGCUUGGGCUAUUGUUGUAAAGCGGGUUCACGUAAUAGCCGGUGUUUUCCCAAUGGUUGUGUGGGUCACGAAUGCGAUUCAAGUGAGGACUGUGGGGCGAUGAACGAGUGUUGUAGGAAUAAAAAGUGCGUGGAAUGUUUUAGUUCAACUUGUAAAGAUGACGCCGGGUGUCGGUUUGGACAUCAUUGCUGCAGGGAAGCUAGAACUCCAAUUUGCAGUCGAAGUUGUAUUAGAGAAUUUUGUAUCUCAAAUGAGGAAUGCGCUGGCAAUGGGACUUGUUGCAUUGAAAAUAAGUGUACCACUGAUGGUUGUCCGUGUGGAUCAAAUUCUGACUGUGCUCAUGAAAGAUACUGUUGUACGGGUGAUCCAAACCCUGCUUGUAGCAUACAUUGCAUUGGAAAGCAAUGUUCUUCAGAUAGUGAUUGUGGCAGGCUAGAAGAAAUAUGCACUUGUCCAAACAGUGAUUGUAUAAACACCACUAAAUAUACAAACCCAAGAAGCUCUCAGCUACCUUCCGCAAAAUGUUUUAAGAAAAAUGGUUGUUCUUCUCACGGUGAAUGUAAACGGACGAUAAUAGGAAAAUGUUUAUCGAAGUUUCAAUAUUUCUCCAGAAUUGAAGAAAAUUAA